AUGACAAGCUUAAAGAGCUUACAGAAUAUGCGUCAUGCUUUCACUUGGAAUAUGCUGAUAGCAUACGCUCUCAUUGCCACUAGUGUCUUUAGCUAUGGCUUUGACGACGCUGUUUACUCGACUAUCCAGACCAUGGAUUCUUUCGAGAAACAGUUCGGCACCUACGAUAACUCUACUGGGGAAUACGGGUUCAGUACCCAGCAUUUGGCCUUCCUUAAUUCCCUCGGUCUGCCUGCGAAAGCGGCUGGCACAUUUAUCGGAUGGGCAAUUGGAGAGUACUACGGACGUCGAGCCUGCUUCAUCGGCAUGCAGCUGAUGUGCAUCGUUGGUAUCUCAGUCAGCUACAGCGCGACGACUUUCGGUCAGAUCCUGGCCGGACGGAUGAUAGUGCAGUGUUUCAUUGGCUGGGAGGACUGGCUUGUGCCCAUGUUCCUCGCUGAGAUCAGUCCUAGUGUGGUACGUGGGGCGACGGUGGUGAUAUACGUCUUUGCCCACAUGUUUGGCUCAUUUAUUUGUGCUAUCAUCACGUAUGAAACGGCCAAGUUAGAGGGAAACGUUGCUUGGAAAAUCCCGAUCGGUGUGAUGUGGGCGUUUCCCUGCUUCAAUCUGCUCUGUAGUUGGCUGGUGCCAGAAAGCCCUCGGUGGCUUGUCCGAAAGAACAAAAUCCAGGCGGCGACGAAACAGCUCGAAUAUCUGAACAAGGGGAAGGAUAUAGAUGUUGCUGAUGAAGUGGCUUUCUUGCAGGCGUCUGUAGAGGCAAACGCACAGACGAAAGGUUCCUGGGCUGAACUACUCCAGGGGACCAAUCGAAGAAGGACAAUGAUUGCAGUCAUGACCGCGGCUUUCAACCAACUGACCGGACAAGCCUUCGUCAGUCAGUAUGGCAGUCUGUUCGUCAAAUCCCUAAAUGUCAUGAACCCGUUCGCCUUCACGCUAUUAUCCCGGGGCAUCUCGACCAUGGGUCCUCUAGUUACCUUCUCCUUAGUUGACACCACUGGAAGACGACCCAUAUACCUGAUUGGCGGUACCAUGACCACCGCCCUGCUCAUGACUUGUGGUGGACUAGGGACAGGCACCAUAACCGAUGGCAAAAAGCGUGGAGUUUGCGGGGUGCUCAUGAUGUACGGGCUGUUCUACAUCAUGUCAUUCGGGUCUAUUUCCGUGAUUACAGGCGCAGAAACACCCCACCUCCGACUCCGCGAUAAGACCUCGGUUGUUGCCUGGCUUAUCCGCAUUGUAUGCGACUUUGCAGUCUCCUACUCUCUUCCGUACCUACUCAAGGCCCCGUAUGCCGAUCUUCAGUCCAAGGUUGGCUUUAUCUAUGGAUCCCUUGCAGCCCUGGGAGUGGUUUGCGGAUACUUCUUCCUUCCCGAACUCACAGGACGCUCCCUGGAGGAGCUGGAAGAGAUGUGGCAGCGGCGCAUCCCUGCGCGAAAGUUCGCUGACUGGGACUCAGACCGCACCGGAAGUAUUGAAGCAAAAGAGGGCGGAACAGAGGAGGAUGCUGAGAAGGCCAAAGGAGGACUGUCUCAGGUAUAUGUACAAAAGCUGUAA